AUGAAUCUAAGACCUAUUGGUAAGAAGCCCUUUAAUAGUUCCAUAUGGGGUGGCCGAGUUGGUGGAGUAGGCUAUUGCGUCAGUGCGAGGGUUUAUCCAAAACCUGAGAAAUUCACUGUCGUCUGCUUCCCGACAUUCUCGACAGUUAAACUGUCGAGUUCGACAUUUACAAAUCGUCGGUACGACUUUCAUGUUAUUAAAUGCCAACCUAUUGAUUCUGAAUUGUUACCAUUGCAAUCCCAACAUUUCAGUGUUGACAUGGGAAGGGAUGCAAAUUUUCAAGAUCCUUCGUUUGCGGCGGUAGAUGUUCUGCAAAACGUGGAACAUGAUUUGGUGAAUCGAAUGCAUAGUGUCUCAAACAAUAAUGCACUUGAAACACAUGAGUAUGAUAACGGGACUGCACCAUUAGAUGAGAACUUGGAUAUCCCAUCACCUAAUUUAGAGGCUACUAAUUCUGUUGACGUCGACGACGAGCACUCUUUGUCACAUUCCAACGAUUCGGAUGGAUAUGAAUUUAUGAGAACUGUGACUACAUUCGAUCUUAUCGAAAAGGAAAUAUUCUUCAGCAAGAAAGAGUUUUACUCGAAAAUUCGUGCACUUGCUUUGAAAAAUAAGUUCCAAUUUCGGGUGAGCCGGUCAAGCAUGAAGAUGUUAACCGUUGUAUGCGCUGACAGCAGUUGCAAGUGGAUGUUACGUGCUUCUACUGUGAAGCAAUCUGCAAUCUCUGUGAUCCGUAAAUUCAAUAAUGUUCACACAUGUUCCAUCGAUUUUCGCAGUAACGCGAAUCGACAUGUGACGAGUUCUGUAAUUGCCGAGCACAUUUUGGGAAAAUUGGAUAAUCCGAACCGAUCGUAUGAUCCGAGCACUAUUGCACGUGACGUGGAACGUGAGCUCGGUGUCCAAAUAAGUUACAGCAAAGCACGUAGGGGGAAGGUGACCGCUUUACAUAUGCUGCAUGGGACACCGGAGGAUAGUUUUCAGAAACUAUCUUCAUACUGUCACGUACUAGGUGAGAAUAACCCGGGGAUGGUAACUCACAUCGAACUUGAUUCGCACGAUAGAUUCCAUUACUUCUUUCUAGCUUUUGGUGCAAGCAUUCGUGGUUACAUGCAGUACUUGAGGCCCGUUGUUUGCGUUGACGGUAGUCACUUGAAAGGUCCAUACAAGGGUACACUUUUACUGGCAACUGCCCAAGAUGCCAACAAACAGAUUUAUCCCUUAGCGUGGGGGAUUAUGGAUUUCGAAACUAACCGAUCUUGGAUGUGGUUUAUGUCUAACUUGAAAGAUCUUAUAGGCGACUUAGAUGAACUUGUAUUUGUUUCGAACAGGAAAAGAAGUAUCGAAAGAGCUAUUACUUACUUAUUUCCUUUGUCUCAUCAUUGUUGUUGUAUGUGGCAUGUGGAGAAGAAUCUAAUUUAG